AUGAUUUUAGCAGUUCUCAAGUCUUUCAUUGGAGAAGUAAAAGGAAGCGGCUAUCACUUUGCACCAAAAGGAGUAAUUUUUGUUGUUGAGGCCAUCCAGAACUUAUCGGUUAUUGCCCUCUCUUCUACUCAACUUAAUGAGUUGACGAAGAUUGUUGAUCUGACUAGAACGCUCUCGGCCGAGCAGAUCUGCCAUGAAACGAGGAUGUCUAAAAUGAAGGAGAGCAUGUCUAUGUUGAAGAGUUCCUUUGCUAAAAAAUAUAGUGAACUCAACUCUUCUACUGAUGCCCUGCAUGGUCACAAAGAGGCCUACUUCCAUCUUGAGCGCAAGAAUGCUGACAUAUUCCAAAGUUAUGACGAACUUUUGGCCAAGUUUGACGCCUACCAGAAGAAUAGUGGGGCUGCUCCUUGUCAUUCCAUUGAAGAUGAAGAUGUUGAGAUGUUCUAUCUUGACAUGCCCCCUACCCAAGAUGUGCAGAUCAAUGUUGUGGAUAUUAAGGCAACCAAAGAGCUUGUGGUUGAUGAGACUACAGUUGAGGAGCAUAAUGCUAAGGCGGCGCGCAGCUGA